AUGAAGAAGGCCAACAGCCAGGACGGUGCCAUCAUCCUGAAGGCGGCGGUCCUGCAGCCUGGCCAGCGGACAGACUCCCAGGGACUUUUCUCCACCCCGGCCCAGCAGCAUGCCAAAGAGAGCUCCCUGAGUGAGCCAGAGUUGCCGCCCGACUCUGACACCGUGGGGAUGGACAGCAGCUACCUCAGUGUGAAGGAGGCUGGGGUGAAGGGGCCCCAGGACCGGGCCAGCGCCGACCUCCCCAGCCCGCUGGAGAAGGCUGACUCGGACAGCAACAAGGGCAAGAAGCGGCGGAACCGAACCACCUUCACCAGCUACCAGCUGGAGGAGCUGGAGAAGGUCUUCCAGAAGACCCACUACCCUGACGUGUACGCGCGGGAGCAGCUGGCCAUGCGGACGGACCUCACCGAGGCCCGCGUGCAGGUCUGGUUCCAGAACCGGAGGGCCAAGUGGCGGAAGAGGGAGCGUUUUGGGCAGAUGCAGCAGGUUCGAACCCACUUCUCCACAGCCUACGAGCUGCCCCUCCUCACCCGCGCUGAGAACUAUGCCCAGAUUCAGAACCCGUCCUGGAUCGGCAACAAUGGGGCAGCCUCGCCAGUGCCCGCCUGCGUGGUCCCCUGCGACCCGGUGCCAGCCUGCAUGUCCCCUCACGCCCACCCCCCUGGCUCCGGGGCCGGCGGCGUCACCGACUUCCUGAGUGUCUCUGGGGCUGGCAGCCACGUGGGCCAGACGCACAUGGGUGGCCUGUUUGGAGCAGGCCUCAGCCCAGGCCUCAACGGCUACGAGCUCAACGGGGAGCCGGACCGCAAGACCUCGAGCAUCGCGGCCCUCCGCAUGAAGGCCAAGGAGCACAGUGCGGCCAUCUCCUGGGCCACAUGACAGGGCCCCUCCCGCCCCAUCCCGCACCCUCCCCCACCUCGGGGCACUGGCCAUGCCCAUGCCUCCCAGGCCCCCAGCCUCGCACUCGACUUUCCUCUUAGGAACCUGGCCCAGGCCAGGGGCCUGACCCUCAGCACUUUCAGCCACCCCAGGUCGGAGGCCCCGGACGGCUGGGAGGGAGGGGACAGCAGGCCCCUGCCCC